AUGUUGACAAGCUACUCACAGUGGCUGCUCAAUACUCACCUAUCCUUGCACCCAGUUCUGCAAUUGCCAUAUCAAUUGAUUCGGGAGAGAUAUCUCAUCAAACAGCAUCAACAGUCGCCUUUUGCGGCGCAUGCCAGCCUUUUCCAGGACGUAGUCAUCCGUUGCGUGCGAUACGCAUUCGCAAGUAUUCCUGCAAGCGUUGGCAGAGUCUUUUUCUCUAAGUGGGUGGUCUAUCCAUUCUUUCGCUUUCGUCUGUUACGGCAUGGCUACCUUCAUUGUCCAAUGUUCCAUCGAGAGGUCGUCAGAUACGGUGCUCGAGGCCUGUGGAUGGUUGAAAACACAGAGAUUGAACCGGACAUCAUUAUCUACUAUGUCCAUGGCGGCGGGUUCAGCAUGGGGUCGGCCUACUUCUACAUGGAGUUCUUGAUGGCCUGGGCCACUCGGCUGAAAGAGAGCGGCUUCAAAAACCCCGCUGUAUUUGCGCUCGAAUAUACACUUGUGCCGGAUGCUCAAUGGCCAACUCAAUUCAACGAGACUCGCGCCGGGUAUAGAUUCCUGAGAGAGACGUUCGGGAAUGGCUCCGCCUCGAAGAUUUGCGUGAGCGGUGACUCUGCAGGAGCCACCUUGGUCUUGAGCAUGCUGUUGCAACCCGGACAUUUGGAACAGGACCCUCAAUGCCAGUCCCUGAACCGACCAGGAAUUGCCAUUUUGCUUUCGCCCUGGACACACUUGAUUUCGGAUCUAAACCAGAACACCAAAAGUGAUUAUUUAGACAGGGAUAGUUUGCACGUUUACGCCAAACAGUAUGCUGGAGAGGCGGCUAAGUUGGACAGCGUGGUUUCCCCAGGCUUGAACACUGGCCGAUGGAGACAGGCGUCACCACUCAAUGGGUACCGUGUGGUGUACGGUGCUGAAGAAGUUUUUGGACCGGGCAUCCAGGACAUGGUUCACCACAUGAAAAAAGGCGGAGCCAUUGUGAAAGCUUCGGAGUUUGAGGCAGGAAUUCAUGCAUGGCCAGUGGUGAAUCUAUUUCUUGGUGAGAGCAUAGAAGAACGGUUGCAAGGCCUGGAUAUCAUGACCGAAUUCAUCAUGUCAUCAAGUUUAGCGUCGAGUUCAGAGAGAUUGAAGGGUUAG